GUCUCGGCGGCCAAAGGAGGACUAGCUGCGGGUGAAGAUGGCGGCAGCCGAGGCCGCGAACUGCAUCAUGGAGAAUUUUGUAGCCACCUUGGCUAAUGGGAUGAGCCUCCAGCCGCCUCUUGAAGAAGUCUCCUGUGGCCAGGCAGAGAGCAGUGAGAAGCCUAACGCCGAGGACAUGACGUCCAAGGACUACUAUUUCGACUCCUAUGCCCACUUCGGCAUCCAUGAGGAGAUGCUGAAGGACGAGGUCCGCACCCUCACCUACCGGAACUCCAUGUUCCACAACCGGCACCUCUUCAAGGACAAGGUGGUGCUGGAUGUGGGCUCCGGCACCGGCAUCCUCUGCAUGUUCGCUGCCAAGGCUGGCGCCCGCAAGGUCAUUGGGAUCGAGUGUUCCAGCAUCUCUGACUACGCUGUGAAGAUCGUCAAAGCCAACAAGUUAGACCACGUGGUGACCAUCAUCAAGGGCAAGGUAGAGGAGGUGGAGCUGCCUGUGGAGAAGGUGGACAUCAUCAUCAGCGAGUGGAUGGGGUACUGCCUCUUCUACGAGUCCAUGCUCAACACUGUGCUCUACGCCCGCGACAAGUGGCUGGCGCCUGACGGGCUCAUCUUCCCCGACCGAGCCACGCUGUACGUGACUGCCAUCGAGGACCGGCAGUACAAGGACUACAAGAUCCACUGGUGGGAGAAUGUGUACGGCUUCGACAUGUCCUGCAUCAAGGACGUGGCCAUCAAGGAGCCCCUGGUGGACGUGGUAGACCCCAAACAGCUGGUCACUAACGCCUGUCUCAUCAAGGAGGUGGACAUCUACACGGUCAAGGUGGAGGACCUGACCUUCACCUCCCCGUUCUGCCUGCAAGUGAAGCGAAAUGACUACGUCCACGCUCUGGUGGCCUACUUCAACAUCGAGUUCACGCGCUGCCACAAGCGGACUGGCUUCUCCACCAGCCCUGAAUCGCCCUACACACACUGGAAGCAGACCGUGUUCUACAUGGAGGACUACCUGACGGUGAAGACGGGCGAAGAGGUCUUCGGCACCAUCGGCAUGCGGCCCAACGCCAAGAACAACCGAGACCUGGACUUCACCAUUGACCUCGACUUCAAGGGCCAGCUGUGUGAACUGUCCUGCUCCACCGACUACCGGAUGCGCUGAGGGUGCCUGCAGCCAACCGGCUGCUUUGGCGGGUUCUGAGCCCCCCGCCCUUCCUCUCCCUCCCACUCGAUGAAGUGGGGGGGGUGUCUAAGGGGGCUGGGGCCAGGGUGGGGGGGCCACAUCGUGACUGUGUUUUUCAUAACUUAUGUUUUUAUAUGGUUGCAUUUAACGCCAAUAAAUCCUCAGCUGGGACUUGGCUCAGCUUCCGAGGGGGUGGGGCUCCUGUGCAGGUGCUGAAGGGGGCUGGCCCAUGCAGGUCUCUGGCCCCCUCUCCCCUGGUUCUGUCUCCCCUGUCCCAGUGGUCUCUGCCCAUUCCCACCCCCCACCCUCUCUUCUCUCCCCAGGGCCUUACCAUCCCCACCAGCCUGGGCUCAGCCUCCAGCUACACUGCAGGGGCCCGGAGUGUUCCAGAAGGAAUCUGUUCCUUCCCUUCUGGAGCUGGCCAGGCUGCAGCUGGGAAAUGGGG